AUCAUAUAACCAUAGCAGUGUUUUUGCUGGUCACUCAGCAAGUAUCAGUGUUUCUCUAGAGUGCUCCGGGACCAUGGCCGCAGAAACACAAGUGGCAAAGCUAGGGACCUCUCUUCCUGUGCCAUGGGUUCAGGAUCUUGCCAAGGACAAGCUCGGAGUGGUCCCGGAAAAGUACGUCCGGACAGAGCAGGACCCUCUGAUCAUACCGGACUCGGCUUCACUGCCCCAAGUUCCGGUGAUCGACCUUCAGAAGCUGACGUCAGGGGAUAGCGUCGACUCAGAGCUGCAGAGGUUGCAUCAUGCUUGCAAGGAAUGGGGCUUCUUUCAGCUGAUUAAUCACGGGAUGAGCGAUUCACUGCUGGAGGACGUGAAGUCAGGGAUCCUGGAGUUCUUCAACCUCCCAAUGGACGAGAAGAAGAAGUUUUGGCAGGUUCCAGGAGAAUUGGAAGGUUUUGGACAGGCGUUCGUGGUGUCUGAGCAGCAGAAGCUCGAGUGGGCAGAUGCCUUCUAUAUGAUGACUCUCCCGACCUACAUGCGGAAGCCCUACUUGUUCCCUAAGCUUCCUCAACCUUUCAGAGAUAUCUUGGAAACCUACUCAGCAGAGACGAAGAACCUUGCAGUGAAGAUCCUUCACCAGAUGGCAAAAGCUCUAGGAAUGGAGGCGAAGCAAAUAAAUGAGCUGUUUGAUGAAGGGUGCCAGGGAAUUAGAAUGAACUACUAUCCUCCAUGUCCACGGCCUGACCUCGUGAUGGGGCUCAACCCGCAUUCUGAUGCAGAUGCCCUUACCCUGCUCCUCCAGGUCAAUGACAUUGAAGGACUCCAGAUCAGGAAAGACGGGAUGUGGGUUCCCGUCGAACCCUUGCCUAAUGCUUUUGUCGUCAAUAUCGGAGAUCUGAUGGAGAUGGUCAGCAAUGGAAUUUACCGUAGCAUAGAGCACCGAGGGACUGUCAAUGCCUUGAAAGAGAGGAUUUCCGUAGCGACCUUCUAUAGCCCGAACAUGGAUGCUGAAAUAGGCCCUGCCCCAAGCCUUGUAACUCCAGAUUCCCCAGCCCUGUUUAGAAGAAUCAGUGUGGCAGAGCAUUUGAAGGGAUAUUUCUCAGGCGAACUGCGCGGAAAAGCAUAUCUUGAUACCAUGAGGAUUUAAAGAUGAAGAAGCCUGCAGGGCGUGGAAGCAGAAUAGUAGUUCAAAAAGUUUCUCCAUAGAAAAAAUAAAUAUAAAAACAAUGAGACUGCACGAUGCUUGGAUAUCUGCACAAUGCGCUGGUCCCUGUAAUGAAUCAUAAAGUUUUCUGCUUCACAAUUCAUCGUUUGUCAACACAAGAUAGCGUUGGUCAGCAAAGAUCCUAAUCAGGGGAUCUAAAUAUAGCGAAGUUAGCAACAUCUGUCUGAUAAGCCUUCGGUGAAAAACUUACCUCGGCCCGACCAUUAGCAGGCGUUUACGGGAGAUUUGUGAGGAGCUAGAGUCCGCACAUUUAUUCGAACUAGUAGCUAGCUAGGCUUAUUACCAGUCCAGUAGAACAAUCAAGAGAACAUCUUGUUAAUCUUGUCUA